GGCUGGCUCUCACCAACUGAGUCUCUCUGCGUCCUUAGGAAACGACGGACAAGGUGUAUCUGCCCGUUCAAAAAAGACACAGUUCCUCUUUCUUUGUGCUGUCCCAAGUCUGUCUCCGGUCAGGCGCAGAUUACAAGGCUGAUCGACAGGUUGUCCAGACUCCCACCUUCAAGAUGGUCAACAUCACGGAGAAAAUCAAAGAGAUCGAGGCCGAAAUGGCCCGAACUCAGAAAAACAAAGCCACAGAGUAUCACCUUGGUUUAUUGAAAGGAAAACUCGCCCGGCUACGAGCACAACUACUCGAGCCAGCAGCUGGGGCUGGCUCCGGUGGUGGUACAGGAUUUGACGUCUCGAAAUCGGGGGAUGCUCGAAUAGCCCUGGUUGGCUUCCCUUCAGUGGGUAAAUCAACGUUUCUUUCCAAAAUCACAAAGACCAAGUCCGAGGUGGCGGCAUACUCGUUCACCACCCUCACGGCCAUCCCCGGUGUGCUCGAGUACGGCGGUGCAGAGAUCCAGAUUCUGGAUCUACCUGGAAUCAUCGAAGGUGCCUCUGAGGGAAAGGGAAGAGGGCGACAGGUCAUCAGUGCGGCAAAGACGUCUGACCUCAUCCUAAUGGUUCUCGACGCGACUAAACGCGCUGAACAACGCGCUCUGCUCGAAGCCGAGCUCGAAGCCGUCGGCAUCCGGCUCAACCGCGAACCGCCCAACAUCUACCUAAAAGCCAAGAAGGCCGGCGGGAUGAAAAUCACCUUCCAAUCCCCUCCCAAGUACCUGGACGAGAAGAUGCUGUACAACAUCCUGCGGGACUACAAGAUGUUGAACUGCGAAGUGCUCGUGCGCGACGAGAACGCCACGGUCGACGACUUUAUCGACGUCAUCAUGAAGGACCACCGCAAGUACAUCCGGUGUCUAUACGUGUACAACAAGAUCGACAGCGUCACCGUCGAGUACUUGGACGAAUUGGCCCGCGAGCCGCACACGGUGGUCAUGUCGUGCGAGCUGGAUCUGGGCGUCCAGGACGUGGUGGAGCGGUGCUGGCAGGAGCUGCGCCUGAUGCGCAUCUACACCAAGCGGCAGGGCGUGGACCCAGACUUUGGCGAGGCGCUCAUUGUCCGCAGCGGCAGCACGAUCGAGGACGUGUGCGACCAGAUCCACCGCACGUUGAAGGAGACGUUCAAGUAUGCGCUGGUCUGGGGCGCCUCGGCGAAGCAUAUCCCGCAAAGAGUUGGGCUGGGUCAUGUCGUUUCGGAUGAGGACGUGGUGCAGGUGGUGAGUGCGUGGAAAGCUUGAGGUUGCUCCGUGGCUCGGGUGUGUUUCAGCGAUGGAUUGCUAGCAAGAGGCACGGCGGGUUUUCAUGGCAAUGAAUGCAGCAGCAAGAGGUCACUACCAUGUGGCCAUCUACAUCAGGUUCUUCUGGCAGGCAGUUGAUUUCGAAAAGGCCCAGGGCUUGGCAUGGCUCCCAUUGGUGUUUGCGGCACGCCUGCUUCUAACUGUUUAUCC